AAAUGAUUUUGCCAUUGAUUUUUGUAUUACCCAUUGUUACUGGCUACAACUACUGCAACAACAAAACGCAUAAGUGCGUCUUGGAGAAAACCGAACACUUUAUGUGCAGACUGGACAAGUAUACUCCCCUCGAAAAUGCUACAAAGUUGUAUGCCAUUGUUCCGGACACCGAGAGCCUUCAAUUAAACAUACUGAAUAUAUUAAACCGAUUCCGGAACCAUUUUGCGAGCGGGGAUCUCAGGACGGCUAAAAAUAUUACCUUCGCCCGGGCCAAACGGAUGCGCACGCUCUUGUGGGACAACGAACUGGGGUACAUGGCUCGUGUUCAUGCUUCCACCGUAUCCUACCAACACACCGAGUGCCGGGCCACCCUCCGCUUCCCGUAUGUGGGCGAAAGCCUAGCCUUGCUUGUCCCUAAACAAAGUAUCGAGAUUCCUGAGAUUUUGCAAAAGAUGUUUAAUACCAUGUUUGACGAGUAUCUUAAUGUUGUGGAUCCGGAGGGCCUUCUCUUGGGCUAUGACCCACACAGGGACUACGACUGCGCGGACUUCACAAACAUUAUCAGUGAUCGAGUAUCUCGGGUGGGCUGUGGUCUAGCCGUUGGUUCCAACUGCCGCAGCGGGUCUUCAACCAACUUCUGCCACUUUCUGACAUGCCACUUCGACUUCACAAACAUGGAAGGGUCAUAUGUCUAUAAGGCUGGAAAGCCUGCUACUUGCGUCGACUGGAACACGAAGGGUAGCAAGAAGUUCCCCAAUCUGUGUGAUAACAAUGGUAACCUUUUCCCCCCCGAUCAAGGCGAUAAGUAAGACCCGUUUGCAAGUUCUCUAAUAUUUAUAAGCUUUAAUAUUUUUAACUGUAAUAUUAAUAGCAUGUUCGUUUUCUUUCUAAUCAGAACAAAACCCAUACGCCCAA